GUUUUUUUAAUAAGAGUUAAAAUAUUUUUAUUGUUUAUCUUUGUGAAAUAAAAAAUAAAUAACUUUUCGGUUUUGGUAAAUUAAAAUGAACGACAAACCGAAAAGACCUAGAGCCGAAAAUUUUUCCAUUAACGAGAAAGCGCUCCUAAUAAAUUUAGCUGCGAAAUAUUGCAAUAUUUUAGAAAAUAAAAGAACAGAUCACAUUUCUACAAAGCAGAAAAAUGAUGCCUGGGAUAGUAUAACGAAAGAAUUUAAUUCAAAUUCAAUAGUUAAUAAUAAUAGAAACAAAGAUAGUCUUAAAAGACUAUAUGAAAGUAAAAAAAAAGAAGUGCGUAAAAGAGUUGCAGACGAAAACGUAGAAAUAAAAAAAACGGGUGGUGGGAUCCCUCCCAAAAUUCCUAAUGAUCCAUGUCAGGAUGUGUUAAUGUCGAUUAUGAACAAAAAAACAUUAUAUGGAUUAAAUAGCCCAUGGGGGGGUGAUUCUAGCACCCAAGGAACUGUUGACGAUGUUCCAGAAGUAAUUUGUGAAUUAAAUUUGGCAGGACCAUCAAAACCAUCUAUGAUGUGUAAUCAAUCCUCGUGGAAAAAAUAUACACCAGUGGAUUUGAAGUCCCCCUUGCACCCUGCUUUAAAGACUGCUAGUUGUGAUAAUGAUGUAGUUAUAAAUAAUCUUCAACAGACUCCUGAUUUAAACCACAAUAAGAAUAAUGAAGUUCUUCAAGAUAACAGACAACCUAGAGUCCAACUUGAUGUUGGAAGGCGUAGACCAAUGCAGACAGUAAGGGCAUUGACCUCAUCUGACUUAGCCAAAAAAUAUAAUGAACUUAUUGAUAAGAAAUUACAUAUUGCUAAUUUCCAAGAAACUAAAGUAAAGCAAGACAUAGAAGAAGGCAAAAUUAGAAAGCGCUUACUUCAGCUAGAGGUAUUGCUAAAAAGAAAGCAACUUAAUUCACUAGAUAAAAAAAAUUAAAACUAUUUUUUUUUAAAUAUUUUUAGCUACCCAAACAUGAAAAUUAGAAUAUACAGGUCUGUUAACAAUAACUUAAUUUAAAUGUUUCUCAGGAAGUGAUUCAAAAAAAAAAAAAAUAGAAAUUUGGUACAUUAUAUCACACUACAUAGGAUUUAUUUUAAAACUUGAACAUACAAUCUUAUUAUUUUUUCUUACAUUGUAUGCAUUCAACUCGACAAAUAAGCAACAGGGCUUCAUUUUUUUGUGCUUUGUUUUGUAUAAAAAUAUUUUGACUUAACUCAGUAUGUAGUUACCAUCCAGCAUCCACCGUUUCAUUUUUAUUAAUUGAAUCACAUCUACCUGAAGUUCAUUGUGAAAAGCGCUGUAUAAUUUUAAUUUUAUAUGACAGAAUUUGUAUUUUAUUUUUAUUAGUU